AUGCGUUGUCGUGUGCACCUGGUCCUUCACUAAUCACAUUAAUUAGUCUGCCAUAUUUCCUAUUUUCCCCAAAGUUAUGGAGAAUUUGCCCAUUAUUUCUCUACUGCUGCUCCUCCUCACCAUUCUCCUCUUCUCCGCGAUCGGCCGUUCCAAAUCCAAACGCCGUUCCAAGCUCCCGCCGGGACCGCCGCCGCUCCCUCUCAUCGGAAACUUCCACCAGAUCGCCGGAAAACCCUUCCACCAAUACUUCCGGCGCCUCUCCAAGACCUACGGCUCCCUAGUCCACGUCAAGCUCGGCUCCCGCUCCGUCAUCGUCGCCAAUUCCUCCAAAAUGGCAGAACAAAUCCUUAAAUCCCAAGACCUCAACUUCUGCAGCCGUCCGCCAUUGCUGGCGCUGCACAAGCUCUCCUACGGCGGCUUCGACAUGGCCUUCGCCCCCUACGGACCCUACUGGCGGGAGAUGCGGAAGCUCUCUCUUCUCCAUUUGCUCAGCUCCGCGAGAGUCAAAUCCUUCCGCCCGAUUCGGGAGGACGAAGUCGCGACACUCAUCGGGAAAAUCUCCGGCAAGGCUUCCCGGUCGGAGACCGUCAAUUUGAGCGAUGAAAUCGUGUUUCUGACGAGCACGAUUAUUUCCAGAAUCGCGUUUGGGAAGAGAUUCGAGCACGGCAGCGGGGAGAGCCGGGCGUUCGACCGGAAUAUUCUCGAGUUUCAGACGGCGCUGUCCGGGUUCUACUGGACCGAUUACUUCCCCCGGCUCGCCUGGCUCGACCGCCUCACCGGAAAAACCGAUCAUCUCGACCGGGUUUUUAGGUCCUGGGACUCGUUCUACCAGAACCUCAUCGACGAACACUCCGCCACCGACCGGCCGGAGACGAUGCACCGUGACGUACUCGACAUUCUGCUGCAGCUUAGGGACGACGAAUCUCGACUGUUCGAUAUCUCUCUCGAUCAGAUCAAAGCGAUUCUCAUGGAUGUUUUCUUUGCUUCAACGGACACAGUGGCGACGACGCUAGUGUGGGCGAUGACGGCGCUGGUGAAGAACCCCGCCGCCAUGGCGGCGGCGCAGGAGGAAAUCCGGUCGGUCGCCGGAAAGAGGAAGAAAAUGGUGGAAGAAGAGGACAUUGCGGCGGCGAGCCUGCCGUACUUCAACGCCGUGCUAAAGGAAAGCCUGCGGAUGUACUUUCCGAUACCUCUCCUCCUCGGGCGAGAAGCCAUUAGGGGCUGCGCCGUCGGCGGGUUCGAAAUUCCGGCGGCGGCGCUGGUGUACGUGAACGGGUGGGCGCUGAGCCGGGAUCCGGAAGUGUGGGAGAAUCCCGAGGAGUUCCGGCCGGAGAGAUUCAUGGAAGGUGAAGAGAAGCUGUGGGUAGGGCAGGAUUUAGGGUUUAUUCCGUUCGGGGCAGGGCGGAGGGGUUGCCCGGGAAUUACGAUGGCGGUGGCGACGCUGGAGACGGUGCUGGCGAAUCUGCUGUACGCUUUCGAUUGGAAGGUUCCAGAAGGGAUGAAGGUGGACACAGAGGCGCUGACAGGGAUUACCUUGCACAAGAAAUAUCCGCUCUGUCUUGUCGCCAACAAUUUCAUCUGAAUUUGUGUUAUUGUUGUCUGUGUGUGUGCCAGUACUGUUCUGUUGUCUGCUGCCAUACAUAUUUUGUUGAUCUUAAAGAAAUCUGAUAUAAGACGAAUCCAAGACUAUUGAUCUAAA